AUGAUCCGGGCGUUCUCCUUCCCCGUGAGCCCGGAGCGGGGCCGGCUCCGGGGCUGGCUGGAGGGGAGCCUGGCCGGGCUCUGCGAGCUCCACCUGCUGCGGGAGCGGCAGGAGCGCCGGGUGCAGCAGGCGCUGCGCCUCGGGACCGAGCCCGCCGAGCAGGCGGCCGGGGAGACCGAGCCGGGCAGCGCCGGGGAGCCGGCCCCCGAGGAGCAGCUGGAUGCGCUGCCCGGGCUGAUGUGGGAACUGGAGCAGCAAGUAGGGGGGCUGCGGCUGUACCCCGACAAGGCCUGCGGGGAGGCGGCCGAGACGGACAGCUGGCCCAGCUCGGGUUUCUACGAGGGUGCCUCCUCCGCGGUGGCCUCAGACUCGCCGGCCUCCGGCUUCGGGGACUCUUCCGGCUUCCCCUCCGUCUCCGGCUCCUGCUCCCGCAUCGGCCAGGCCGAGUCGCGUGGCAGCUACGCCAGUGAGCGCCCCAAGUCCGUGGGCGAGGUGGGCAGCAGUGGCAAAGACAGUGCCGGGCGGGGCAUGGUUCCCCGCUCCUACUCGGCCCCCUACUCCAGCUCUCAGGACUACCCCUCCGAGCCGCCCCCGCGCCUCCCGCCCCGGGACAGCCUGGACCCCUUCCUGUACCCCAGUCCCCUUCACGCCGUGGCCAUGCAGAACCCGCUGCUCCGCGGCCGCCUCUACGAUGCCACCCCCUUCUCACCGGGCCUGGCCUAUGGGGCGGAGCAGGCCGGGGGGCUGGAGGAGUUCGGGGGGCAGGAGCUGCCCUGUUACCCCGAGGCCGCUCACUGCCACAAGGUGGAGAGCUACAUCUCGCGGCUGAUCCGCCGGCGCAGCCAGCUGGCGCGGGGCGGCAAGCCCCGGACUAGCCUCAACGCCGAGCCGCCCGCCAAGGCAGUGGCCCGCCAGAACAGCCUCUGCAAGAGGCCCUCGGAGCUGCUGGCCCCCCAGGCAGACCGCAAGCACCCCCCGGCCAUGGAGCGGGGCAGCAGCACCCCCUCGCCCUGCGGCUACGAGGGCGGGGCUGGCGCAGCCGCCCGGAUCUGGUCGUCCUGGGACGCCGCGGCCGAGAGGACGCUGGCCGGCAAGGGGGCCCCCGAAGGCUACGCCCCCCCCCACUCCAGCCUCAAGAAGCCCCCCAAGCUGCAGGCGCUGGCCCACCUCCGGCCUGCCCUGUCGGUGGAUCACUACGAGGAGGGGCCGGGCGAGGACGGCGCCCACGUCAGGAAUGGCCAGGAACCCCCUCCCUACGAGGAGAGGGGGGGCCGCCCCCCGCUGGCCUGCACCGAGGACGGGGCCUGCCAGAUGGUGAAGGCGCAGUACAUCCCGGCCCAGCAGCCCCCCCGUGCCCAGCAGGCCCACCGAGGGGCCAAAAAGAAGCCCCCUCCCCUCACCAAGGGGCGCUCGGUGGAGCUGUCACCAGAGCGGGCCCCGGUGACGCCCAGGGAGAGGCCUCGGGCAGCGGCGAUGCCCAAGAAGUGCCGCUUCACCGAGGAAGGUGGGGAAGUGCCAGGGGGGCGCCGGGCUAGUGCCAGGAAAGGCUCCCCCCGGGGCAAGAAGGCUGCGCGCUCCCAGUCGGAGAACAGCCUCGUGAACAAGCCGGGCGCCUCGGGCACCAAGUACCACACGGUGGAGAGGGACGAGGUGGUGCUCAAGCCGUCCCGGCAGCGCCGCCCCCACCCCGGCGCCGCCGGCUACCGGAAGUGGCGCUCGACGGCGGAGAUCUGCCAGGAGGAGGCGGGCGCUGGGGAGCCGCGGCGGAGCCGGCGGGCGGGGCGGAGCGGUCCGGGCGCCGCCUCGCCCCCCCGCAACGUGCUGUACGGCUACGCCGGGAGCGACUCGGAGUGCUCGGGCGGGCGGGGCGGCGGGGCGCGGCGGGCCCCCGUGUGCCGGCUGGAGGAGGGACUGGCCUAUGGCGACAGCGAGUCCAGCCUGAGCGAGGGCGGCUCGCCUGCCUUCAGCACCGGCUCCAGUGACACGGACGAGAGCAGCGGGCUGGUCUGGCCCCAGCAGCUGUCGCCGCAGCUGGUCGCCAGCGCGGGGCCUGGCCAGGCCGGCGGGCGGCCCAAGGUUUUUGUCAAGAUCAAGGCCUCGCACGCCCUCAAGAAGAAGAUUAUGCGCUUCCGAUCGGGCUCCCUGAAAGUGAUGACGACGGUGUGA